AUGCUACGGGCCCAGUGGGAAGAUGGCAAACCUUCCGCUACAUUUCAUAUGGAGCUGAAGCUAGUGCGCACGUUCGUACACUCAGAGGGAUUCGUGACGGAGCCGCGGAGGGACAAGGAGGACACGGAGGAGAAGAGGCAUGUCAGCUCCCCCGACACCGGAGUAUGGAUGGAACAGGCUCAUGCUAGCCGCCCGGGGCAGGUGGGGAUCAUUCUGGGUGUGAUCGUGUACAGUGACAGUACGCACGCCAGUGCCAACGGGAGGCUACAAGCGUGGCCAGUCCUAAUAAGUAUGAUAAACAUCCCGGAGGCACUGAGAUGCGCAAAGCUGAAGGUCAUUUACGUGACAGAUGCAUCCGGACAAGUGGUGAAGGGUAUCCCAUGCUUGUUUGCGGAGGUGGGAGACUACCCCGAGUCGUCCAGGUGCACGGCGACAAUGCAGCAGGGUUCACACCGGCCCUGCAGCUCCUGCUACAUCAAGAAGACCAGUCUGGCCGACCUGAGGACGGAGACGACAGUGAGGACCGUUAAGCUGCACCGGAAGGUGGUGUCGUGGAUGCAGAACGCUACAAAGAAGGACGAUGCUGACAAGAUCCGCAGACGAUGGUCGACACACCCCGUUCAGACGGUACUAGAGAGGUGGAAUUUUUCAGAGACGACAUGGGGAAACGUAUUUCUCGCUUGCGUGGCGGACGUGCUGCAUGUGCUGGACGGAGGGUUCCUUGGACACAUGGUGGACGAGUUCAUCUAUCCCCUCAGCAAGCCGGAAAGGAGGGAGCUAGAGAGGUGGGUGUCCCGGGCGCAAGAAGGAGCAGAAGAAGGACACUCGCUCCACGGUGGUCCGGAUCCCGGGUGGCACUUCUUGGUUCAAGUCACGGGCAAACUACGCGGCGUUCGAGAACAGGGGCAUGAUGCAAGUGAUGCCGAUACUCAUCGCGGACAACAUGGAAGGGUGCGAGCCGAGGAGAAGGAGCAGCGUUUCAAGGAGGUGAGAGCGUUCCGGAGGUACACGGUGUUCUACAAGUCGCUGCUCGGCGUGAGCAAGCACACGGAGAGGACACUCAGUGACGUGCGGCAGAACGCGUACAUGAUGGUGGACGCAGUGCAGGACGCUUUUCGAUCGCAAGCGUCAGCGUGGAACUUACCGAAGGUGCACCAGAUCAUUCAUCUCAUUGACGGCAUCAUGCUCCGGGGGUUGCCGUUUGAGUACUCAACGAACCUGUGGGAGCACACCCACAAGGGCACCGUGAAGGUGCCCGUGCGCGGGAGUAACUGGAAGGACAUCCCCCGACGAAUCGUGGAGGAGGAGGUGCAGAGGGAGAUCACACAGGAGGUGGCGGCGUUGGCGGGGGGAGGAAGGCAGUACGUUAGUGCGCUGCGUGAGGUGAGAUGGCCUAGGCGGCUGACUCGUAUGACGGCAUGGGAUGCGGAGUGGAUGACGGACUAUGACGGGCAUGCUGGGAGAUGUCCUCUGUUUCAGGCGGUGAGGCUUCAAACGUACGUCCUGACGAGGAAGUCGAGGACGGCGGACGUGAGCGACGGAGAGGACGCGGUGCUGUGGGCGUACAAGGAGGCAUUAGGCUCAGACAUGAAGGAGCUGGGCAGGUGCCUGGCAGCCGCAGGUGUGACAGGCACCGCCAUCAAGGUACACACUGCGGUGGCCAUUCCGCGUACGCGUGGCGGGGAGCUUGUGGCCAAGGGCACGUUUGUGAAGGCCAGCCCGUCCGAGAUGUGGUUUUCGGACGUCGCCGUCAGGGCGAAGACGGAGAAGGAGGAGUGGUACGCACGAUGCCUGUGCGUGUUCUGGGCAACGGACACGGAGGGGACGGAGGGGAGGUACGCAUAUGUGAAGUUCUAUGAGGCGGCCGGAGUUUGCCCCAUGACCACCUGCGUGCAGCUGACCCCAGGGAGGGUAGAGACUCGCUACUCAGUGGUGGACGUGGAGUGCAUCAAGCGGGUGGUGCAUGUGUGCAAGUCGUAUGUGAACAAGAAGGUCAUGCUGCUGAACAAGUUUCUGCUGUGUGAGUAG